UGCUCUCUCAGCUACAGACUUCAGAGCAGCUUGGGGACACAGCACCAGCUCCAGCAGCCCAGCCAGAGGGACCAGCACACUUUUCCUAGUGUCUGUGCCAAGGGGUAUUCCCUCCCAGCAUCGAGAUGGAGGAUGGGGAAAGAAGCCCCUUGCUGUCCCAGGACACUGAAGGCCAGAAGCCAGCCCUCUCCAUGAACAAUUCACCCACUUCAAGCCACUCAGAUCCAGCACUUCAGGAGGGCCAGGUGAGGGCCUGGGGCUGCAGCUGCUAUCCUCCUGGGGCCAAGCACAGGGCCUGGACAGAAGACCCAGCGCUUUCCCUCCCUGCAGGGAGCAGCUGCAUCAAGUAUCUCACCUUCCUCUCCAACUUCCUCUUCUCCCUGCUGGGCCUGUUGGUCCUGGCGAUUGGGCUAUGGGGCCUGGCUGUCAAGGGAUCUCUGGGGAGUGAUUGGGGAGGGCCUCUACCUGUAGACCCCAUGCUGGGGCUGGCCUUGGGGGGGCUGGUGGUCAGCUCAGUGAGCCUGGCCGGCUGCCUGGGCGCCCUCUGUGAGAACACCUGUCUGCUGUGCUGCUUCUCUGGGAGCACCCUUGCCAUCCUGGUGCUUGAGACUGUGGCAGGGGCCCUAAUGGUGGCCCUCUGGGGGCCACUGCAGGACAGCCUGGAGCAUAUCCUGCAUAUGGCCAUCACCCACUACCAGGAUGACCUGGACCUGAGUUUCCUGAUGGACCAAGUCCAACUUGGCCUGCAGUGUUGUGGGGCGGUGUCCUACCAGGACUGGCAGCAGAACCUGUACUUUAAUUGUAGCUCUCCUGGGGUACAGGCCUGCAGUCUUCCUGCCUCCUGCUGCAUCGACCCCCGGGAGGAUGGAGCCUCCGUCAACUACCAGUGCGGCUUCGGGGCCCUGCGCCUGGGUGCGGACGCCGCUGGGAGAGUGGUGUACCUGGAAGGCUGUGGCCCCCCGCUGCGGCGCUGGCUGCGACGUCAACUCCCUGCCGUGGGCGUUUCCGCGAUAGUGGCUGCGGGCGUCCAGGGGGCGGAGCUCCUGCUGGCCACCCAGCUGAUUCGGGCCCUCACUGUCCGAAAGGGGGCAACCAAGGAUCCCGGAACCGACAAGGAGCGUGGAGCUGACCCCCGGAGGCGCCUGACUCCCAGCUAAGCAGGCCGCGCCCGCUCUGCUCUUCCCUGAAUCUGGCAAGCGGGAUACCGGCCGUGCUGCUGGGGAGGGAGGCCUCUCCUCGCCCAGGGACGGCCUCGGAGGGACCCACUGUGGUUGCUUGUGGACGCGCACGCCAGACACCGGACCUCUUCCACCUGUAGUGCCACCGGCACCCAGGGUCCGCUUCCUGGAGGCCCGUGCUGCCCUGCCCGCCUCCACCCAAUGGUGCCAUUUCCCCAAGGCCCAGCUAGCUUGGUCUUGGCGCUGCCGCCUGGUUUCGCUUCGGCUUCCGCAUCCACCUACCCCGCCCCUGACACUCGCUCGGCCUGAGUGUCUGGCCGCGCCUGCCCACCACAGAGAGGACCAGGCCAAGUAGCCCGGACCUCUAGAAGAGCACGCAGGGACGCCUGCAGUGUAUCCUGAUGCCUAAACCACCCUGCGAGCCCUCCUUCGGGAGCCCUGCCCCGUCACGGAGCCCCGCCCCUGAAACCCUCCCCUUCGUCUGAGCCUCACCUUUUCCUUUGGGCCGCCCUCACUUUUCUGGUCCUGGGCGCUCCAGGUCCGGUCUAAGCCCCUCCCUCCAGAGAGCGUUCUGGGGGAAAGUAGAAGUUGCACUCAGGUGUAUCUCUCGCGCAUAAAGCUCAUGACCUUCAGGGGGCAGCGUGAGUUCUUCCCUUCCUAGUUCCCCACCUGGAGCCCCGGGAACCACCGCAGGUCCCGUGAGGGUAUCGCCCUGCCCAGGCUGGCUACUGGCCAGCAUGGCAGCAUUUGGCUUUCACACAGUGGAACGCCGUGGCGCUUCCGGGCAGGUUGCUGUGUGGAUAGCCUCCACGCCCGCCGGGACCACGUGCACGGGCGCCCAUUGUGAAGGCCCUGAUGCUGAGACGGUUUCCACAGGUGUGUGCAGACCCCUCCUCCUCACCUGGUGAACCCCAACAGCCCAUGUGGUAGGAUCUGAAGCUCCAUGGUGGGAGAAGAAGUGAAGGGCAUGGCAAGGGGUACCCUCAGUACAGAGCAGGUACAGCUGGGGCUAUUGGGACUGCAGGGGGCCCUAGGCGCCUCAGAGGAGGACGUAGGCAGGGGCCGCAGGUAUUUCUGAGGGGGACCUAGGAGCCUCCUAUU